UUAUUGUUGUAAGAUUAUGCUUAUUCAGAAGAAGACAGCAAAAUAUAUCAAUUUCAAAGGUUUAUCCACGUCACUCCACAAUUUCAAAACAUGCUUUUGGACAAAACACAUGCAUGUAGUGAAUCACAGUCAUUUAUUUUGGCGGGAAUGGGGCAAGUGAGCCAUUAAAUAACCUUAGGACAGCACAGAGUGGGUUAAGGCCAGUUUCACGAAUUGUUUUUUAAUGGUUCGCAGGCAGUGACUGGAGAGAAACUCUUUAAAGGUCUCAUUCUACUCGGAGGCUGUGACACACUUCGCUGCUCCUCUCUCCUCGUCACACACCACAGCAACUGUUUCUCCUCACAACAUGACGGAUCUGAGGAUUUUACUCUUUUUCGUGACCGUGCCGUGGAUAUUUUGUGACGCGGCAAGAACCAGCAAAGUGGUGCCUAAACAAAAAGGGUCACUGAAAGUAAUAGGUGAUGAAGAAAUAAUCCCAGAAAGUACAAUUGUCAUGGAAGCCAAGAAACCGAAGAAAAAAGUCAUUCUUACCACAGACUAUGAAAGCCCAGCUGAAACCGAUGAUGAAGGUCCGGGAGUAGACCAUAAAGAUGACAAGGAACUUCCCACAUGCCUGAUGUGUGUGUGUCUAACUGGAUCGGUGUACUGUGAGGAGGUUUCUCCUGACAUGACAACAGUUCCACCACUGCCAAAAGAAACGGCUUACCUCUAUGCGCGCUUCAACAAAAUCACUAAAAUUACCAACAAAGAUUUUGGCAAUAUUGCCACACUGAGAAGAAUUGACCUGAGUGGCAAUCUGAUCAUUGAAAUUGAAGAUGGAGCCUUUUCAAAACUUGACCAACUUGAGGAACUAACGCUAGCUGACAACAAGCUGGUCAAACUGCCAAUGCUGCCAACUAAACUUGUGUCUCUCAAUGUCAACCACAAUCUGCUUAAAACAAAGGGAAUAAAAGCAAACAUUUUCAAGAAACUCACCAAGCUGGCAUACCUGUACCUUGGAGACAACGCGCUGGAGGCCAUCCCGCAGCUGCCGGAAAGCCUGCGUGUGGUUCAUCUGCAUAACAACAACAUAACGUCACUGACGGACGACACGUUCUGCAAAGGAAAUAACACGCACUACAUCAGGUACAACAUGCAGGAGGUUCGGCUGGACGGAAACCCAAUAACGUUGGCCCAACAUCCCAACAGCUUCAUCUGUCUGAGAGCCCUACCGAUCGGACACUACAAGUGAUCCACUGAGAAGAAGAAAAUGUUCCUUAAGCCGCCGUCCAACUGGCAACUGCCGUUAAGACGUUGGAAAGCACAUUCACAGAGAUUUAACAGCUUAACAAAGAAUUUUGACUUUGAGUGCAUCAAGCUUUUAGACAUUUAAGAUCAUUUAGAUCAUUUGUUAGAAGCAUAUACAGACAAUAACAACUUUUUCUUGACUUUUUUGACAAUGUAAUCAUUUUGUUAUAUUUCGUUCAUGUUUUUGCAAGUAAUAAUUGCAAAAAAGACUGCAGUAAAUCAAGAGGCAGAGAAUGUCUAUAAAAACAUGGGAAAACGAUAUUCAGUGGGACUGUUACUGAUAUCCAAUGCUGGUAAAUAAAUUCAUUUAGGACUGA